AUUUUACAUAUUGAAACUUACUUAUCUUAAAAUAACGCUUUGCAAUGCUCUUAAACAACACUAUAUAUUGGACAUUUAACAGUGCUUUAAAAAAAAGCUGUAUUGACCUUUUAAUUAAUUAUUUGAUUUGAUUUACAUGUUUCUUCAUGAAGUUAUCGGAAUUUGGUUUAGACGACGAAGACAAGUGACAAGUAAAAGUGUAAAUUGAAUAUGAAUAAUAAAGUAAUAAUAAAGUAAAGUUUAAUUAAAAUAAUUAAGCCUAACAUAUGGCAUUUACUGCAAAAGCCUGUCACACUACACUCUACACCUACACAGAAAAAGUAAAAUUUUGUGAGUAGGAGUAGGGCUUACUCCUUUAUUAUGAUUUCAUCUGUGGGUGAAUCACUGAAAUCACUCACUCCAUAACUAAUAAUUGCUUGCAUUUUUAAAUUAAUAAGCAGCAACACCACAUAAAAUUUGAGCUACUUAAUUUGAAAUAAUAAUUUAAAUCAGAAAAUGCAGCUAUUCUAAAGUAUGGUAUACUUACAUUUAUUAAUAUGUGUAAUAUUAUUGAAAUUAUUUAUAAUUAAUAAUAAUAUCAACAAAUUUUUUAAAAUAUGAAAUUCUUAUAGUGAGCAAUGUUCAAGAAAAAUGGGUGAAGAUGAUGACUGAAAAAUGGGUGAAAAAAUGUGGAGGAAAAUUCAAUCCAAGUUUAAAAGACACUUGAGAUCCACACUAAAAAAAUCAUAACUAAAAUUGAACCACUUGAGACUUGAGCUAGAAAGUUGAUCUUGGUGUUUUUUAAAUGAUUCAUUUGGCUCCAUUCAACCACAUUGCAUUUAAAUUUUGUUAAAAGUACCUAUGUUUUGCUAUGUUAAUUAGGCCUAUUUGUUAAAUAUUGAAAUAUAGUUUCUCCUAAAACGGACUGGUGAAAAGAUUUUUGCUGUUUUUGCACCAUUAUCAAUAAAAUUUAUUUGGUACACCUGUUAGCAUUCAGACCUGUAUGAGAGGUUGGGAAUCACUGUACAAGAGCAAAGGUUUGCAGCCCUUGGGAGGCGACCUCACAUGGGAUUGCGAAGGGAUUUAUGUGUGGUCGCUGGCUGAAAUAAAGACUAAGAGAAGCAGUGAUUUAAAAAUAAUUUUCCUUUGUAAUUGAUGUAUUGAAGUUGGAGUUACAAUUUCAGUGUGCCAAUUAUAUUUUAUUAUAAAAUUGAGUUUAAAAAAUUUUUACUCUAUUUAAAAGCCCUUUUUUCCAAUAUAUCGUAGUAAGGGCUUUUUGCUAGUGUCUGAAUGCGGUCGUGACUUGAAAACGUUAAGAACCUGUGUACUAGAGCUAAUGAUCUUAGAAAUUCAGCACAGUUAACUAGAUUUAGGUCUAGGCUAAUAUAGCCACAAUUUUUUGACAGUCUGUCACUUGCUGAAAUGUAAAGAAACAAUACAAUUAUUUUCUAAAAUUGUGUACCUGUUCCCGGGGUGGGACAAUGUCCGAAGAAGGUUUUUAUUUAAUAAAAAUUGUUCUAGAUCCUGGAAGAGAAACCCUAAUUUUUAUAAAAAAUUACUAUGCUAAUAAUAUGCCACAAUUUUUCAUUUUUAAGACACAUAAAGCACUCAAAUUCUCAGCAUAUUCUUCAAUAUGAUAUUGAUAUUAUCAAGUACAAUCUAUAUUAACCCACACACUUAAUUUACACUGUCAAAUGUCUGUACUCACCGAAAGCUCUGGGUCAGCUAGUGUUCAGCCUUGGGAUUUUUAAAUUUUAUUUAGGCCAGGCCUGUCACAAUUCCAUUUCUAAUUUCAUUUUAUUUCAUCUAAUAGACUUACACUAAUAGUACUACUCAACUAGAAAGAAUAUUAAAUUAAAUGUAUAUAAUUUACCAAAGUGACUAAGAGAAUAUUAAGUAAUUAAAUUGAGAUAACUUUUAGAUGAGCUGAGGGUCUUGCUUAAAAAAGUAGAUAAGUCCCUUUGAAUUAAGAUACUAAUUAAUAUACCCUGUAGAUUGACCCAUAUAAUAAUUAUGUAAUAAUUAUUUGAUUAAAUUUUCACUAAUUGAAAAUUUUAUUGAUUACACAGGUGUAUGAGUUGUGAUACAUUUCGUAUUUACAUCAAGCAUGGCAGAGGGGGGAAAGAGCACUUUGAACUUGUCAGGCUCUAAAAAGUCUGGAAAGAAAAAGCAUAAAAAGCCAGGGGCACCUCAGAGUGGAGAUGGGACACCUAAGCAGGCAACUCCCAAUCCUAAAUCAUCUGCUUCCUCAGCACUUGCUGCUACGACACCAACUAGCAGAAAUAUUAUUGAACAUGAGGGUGAUGGUAUUCCAUCUCCAGUUCAAACCCCAGUGCCAAGUCAUGCACACUCGGCAGAAGGGGCCCUGAAAGCUGUGAUACCAUCACGAGAUGAGUGUGCAAGUCACGCCAAAAUAGACGAAAAGCAAAGCCAUAAACAGGAGGGGGACACUCCAGCAAAAUCAAAAGGAGGAAAGCAGCAAAAAAGUUAGCAGCUUUUAAGAACUCAUUUUUAUUAAGGUCUAUUUUGUGAAUUUCAAAACUGAUGAGAACAGAAUGUAUUAACCAUUAGACACCUCCUCUCCUUUGAUGCCACAAAAACUCUCGUCUCUUCACUCAUUCUUUCAAAAUUUGACUACUGUAACAUUCUUCUCUCAGGCAUUCCUCAACACCACAUAGAAAAACUUCAGAAGGCACAGAACUCAGCAUGCAGACUCAUUUUUAAAUCAAAGAAGCAUGACCACAUUCAACCACACAUGCGGCAACUCCACUGGCUUCCAAUAUCCUCUCGCAUCAAAUACAAGUCUGCCAAUCUUUGCUUCAACUUGUUCACUGACCCUCACUUUCCUGUCUAUCUCUCUGAACUGUUGCUUCCUUACAUCCCCACAAGACAACUACGUUCUUCCAUUGACAGUAGAACCCUCUCAAUCCCAAGAACUAAAACUAAGACCAUCGUAAGACAACUACGUUCUUCCAUUGACAGUAGAACCCUCUCAAUCCCAAGAACUAAAACUAAGACCAUCGGUGAACGCUCCUUCUGCUUCCAUGGGCCCACGUUCUGGAACCAGCUCCCCUUCCAUAUAAGUCAUAGUGAAACCUCGUCCAUUUUCAAAAAGUCCCUUAAAACUCAUCUGUUUAGGUCCGCCUAUGACCUGUGAGUCACCCUCCUUGCCCUACCUCAUUUUCUGUUUCGGGUUGAUCCUGAAGUGUCAAAGUGUCCUCGUUUUAUAGCCAUUUUCAUUGUUUCUAUAGAAUAGUAGUUACUAUCCUAGUGUCUCAUUUGUAUUUACUUAGUUUACAUGUUUUAAUAAUUGUAAAGCGCUUAGAGCUUUAUGAUAAGCGCUAUAUAAAAAUGCCUAAAUAAAUAAAUAAAUAAAUGUAAAGCUAUUUUAACAUAUCAUGUAUGCUACUUUACAGGGCUAAUCCUCUAAUAGGCAAUGUUUUGCUUUCUAGGCUGAAUUGUUAUCAAUUAUUUAGCAAUAGACAUUGUUUCUUUUAUUUACUUACUAUGGUACACAGAGGCUAGUUUCAAGGGGUCUACACAUGCAGUCUUUCAUACUUUUACCAUAUUUAUUUGACCUGAUUUUUUAAAGCAUUUUUUUAUUCUACUACUAUUAUUAAGAGAGUUAGUUUUUUUCACUCCACUAAAUACAAAAUUUUCCUCGCAGAUCAAGAAAAAAAGAACAAUUCACCCAAGUCCAACUUGAAUGAGGUUGAAACUAACAAGAUUGGUGGAAGUAACCCAAAAGAUGAUACCAAUAAAAAAUCUGAGAAACUUACUAAAGAUUCUCAUUCUUUGCCAGCUAUUAUAAAAGAGGUUGUGCCACAGACACAUUCAGUAAACACACAGAAUGUGCCCUUAUCAGACUCUAAGCAAAGUGAUUCCAUCAAUCCUUCACCCAAGCAGGUCAAGGAGAAGAAGACAGACAGUGGUAAGAAACAAGUUGAAGGUAAACAACAGGCGGAGAAAGAAAAAGUUGCAGACGGCGCUGGUGGGGAGCAGAAAUCCAAAGCUCAACUUAGAUCUGAGCGGAGGGCUAUACAGGUGAGUGUGAUCCAACUUAGAGACCCAAUGAUGGCACUUACAAACAAACCCAUUUACAGCCAAGCAGUCUAAACAUCCCACUUAUCUUUAAUAUUUGUGAACAACUUAAAUCAACCUUCACAAAGUAGGUAUAUAUUUUUUAAAUAUUUAUAUCUUCAUAUUCAGUUAUUUUACAGUUUUGUCUAAUAUCUGUGUUCUUUGCUUUAUUAACUACCCUUGUUCACCUGUUUAAAAAACAGGAAGCUCAAAGAGCAGCCAAAGAGGCCAAGAAAUCUGAAACCAGCACAGGUAGCCCUGCAGCAUCAACUACAACUUCAGCAGGUAUUUACGCUCUGUGUCUUGCAUUUAUUUUAAUUAAACUGCCUGAUACUUGACUCAUAACACAUAAGGAGGAUUCAUUUUUGUUAUAACUUGCAGUAAAAAACAGUUUGUCCAACCUACAAAUUUUGACAAACCAAUCAUUAAUAGAGCCUCCCAAAGGGGAAUUAUUUUAUCUGCUCUUUCUGGGUCUGUUUUAGUAGCUAUGGGAUGAGAAAUUUUUAUCAUGUUUUGCAUUGAGAUGUCCCACUACAAAUGAACUUAAAUAUCCUUGCUUUGACUAGUGUCCAUAGUGAAAUGGUUAAAACGAAAUAGUUUGAGCCAGUAGUAUUUAUUAUUAAGUAAGAUUUUUACUUUUAUUUGAGAUUAUUCAUCAGUUUGAAUUCAGACAAAAAUAAUGUUGAAUGCAAAUAAAAAGUUUAAAACACUAUUUUCUUUUUAUAGCCAACAAGAAUAUAGUGGUGUCAGCUUCCAAGAUUUCUGUCCCUGGGGGAGUGGCGAGUGUCAAUAAAGAACCCAAGAAAAUGGUGACUAAAAAGUCCAUCAUCAACGAAACAGAGGAGCAGAUGUGGGCUCGGAAGGAAAAAGAGAUACUGUAUGUCAAGAUCGGAGUCUUACUGUGUUGUAUUUUUUUAUGUUAUUAUGGAUUUGUAAAUUAAUUUUCCAGUAUAACCAGAUAUCUAUGUUUUAUGUUUCUAUGUUACAGUACAUUCAUACAUGUAUUGUUUAGUAGUAUGCAUAGAUUCAUAUAUUCCUGCAACAAACAUUUUGUGAUACAGUGCUUUUAUACAUCACAUUCCAUGAAGUUCAUUGAAAUUAAAAUGGUGCUUGUGUCGGUAAAUUUAAAGCAAGACUUUAAAUAACCGAACAUGAUCACAUGUGCUAUUAUAUGUUUCAGUUUAAUUUCCUACUAUAUAUAAUUUAAUCAUAUGACAUUCUGACACCUGCUACAGUGCUCUUCUUUCCCGCCAAGACGAGGAGGGACAUAACAUCAUAUUCUCAAUUUUAGAAUAAAUUAAAUAGCUUACGCGAGGACAGGACAAUUAAUUUGAAUUCAAAUUAUAAAAACUUAUAUGUGAUAUCUUAUUAUCAGACUUUUAUUUUUUUUCUUGGUGCUGUGAUUGCUGUGUUUUGAAAUGAACUUUUUUUUCUGAUAGCGGCAAAUCCUUGAAGAUUGAUGACAGAGUGUUGAACUUGGGCUUUCAGUACUUCCAUCACAAUAUUGUAGGGGCAAAUGCCAGGUGUCUAGCCCUGCUCAAAACAUUAAAAGAGGUUUGUACUGGCCCUGCUGUCAAACUAUAACUUUUUGGUGUGCAUUACAAUGACAGUUACAAUUUUAACAUUUUUAAAAUGAAACUUUUUUUGUUUGGUAAUCAAUUUGAAUAUUAAAACAGAUCAUCACAAACUACAGGACACCUGAAGAGAAGGAGCUCUCCAGAGACCUGGAGAAGAGCUUACUUGCUCCCUGCAUUACGUGAGUAUAGGAAAAUUGUCACUUAAUGUUGAAGGAGAUAAAUGUUAAAGAGAUAUUGUGCCAUGAGAUUAUAUGUAAAUUGUGGAGGACUGCGUUCAGGCUGAACUAAUAUUAAGUAUAACUCGUAGAGCAGGGGAAAACUUGCUAGAUCACUAAACAAACUUACAUUUCUGCUGAAAACCUUCCACGGCAAAAAAAAAAAAAAGAACAAAAAUGCUAAUAUUUUUUGCUGCUAGGCAUAGCUUCCCUUGUGAUCUUUCAGGUUUUGUCUCAUCUGUGAGUCAUAUUUCAUUUGUCUUAAACAAAAAUUUUUUUAUGCAACUAAUAUGGAUACAUUUCUCAUAAUCAUGGCUUGGUAGAGAUUUGUGAGGGUGAAAAGAGUCUGUAAAAUUAUUUCCCACUCUAUAAGAAAUUUAGAUCUAAAUCUAAUAUUAUUGUGUUUAAAUUGUAUAAUUUUCAUUAAAAUUAUAUCUCCCAAUUUAUUGAUUUGCUCCUGAUUUGAGAAGUGACAUCUCCUUCUCUUUUUGUAGCUACUUGAACUACUGUAGACCAAUGAGCACCAGCAUGGGCAAUGCCGUUAAGUACUUAAAAUAUCACAUCAGCAAAAUAACAAAAGAAGAUGAAGCAGUAAGUUGCUGUGAGAUAUGAAUGAAAAUUAAAUUAGAUCCUUUUCUGACAAAACUUUUAAUGUGUUAAAUCUGAAUUAAAAAAAAACACAAAUGGAUUUUUAUUAAAUAAAUAGUACAGUACCUUAAUAUUUCCCUUCUAAAUAAUAAGCCAACAGUAUUAACUGUUGUUUUUUUUUUGUUCCAAUUGAAGUAGUCAAGCACAUUGUAUCUAUUGUAUCUUAACUGGUUGUUAUGUAAUGAACAGGCUAUUGAGGAGCUUCAAGAACUUAUAGAUAAUUUCAAAGAGGAGAAAAUUGAGAAAGCUGCGGAGGCCAUCAAACAGUUUGCCAGUGAUGCCAAGAUCAGCGAUGAUGACGUCAUAAUGGUUUAUGCUGCGUGAGUUCAAUAGCCAUAACAUGGCCUGCUGUUUCAUUUUAAAGUUUAUUCUUUUUGAAUGCUUAACCAGCCCAUUGAAUUAGAGUUUAAGUUAGAAGAUUAUAUGAAAUUGUAAAUUUCUGUUCCUUUUUUAAAAAAAAAUUAUUUCGGAUAUCAGAGAAGACGUUUUUGUUUUUUUUCAAGACUUGAUACCUUUUUGUCCAUCAUGACAGGUCAUCAUUGAUAAGUAAGGUAUUACAGCACGCUCACAGCAGCGGAAAACAGUUUCGAGUCAUUGUUGUAGAAGGAAGGCCUAGAACUGAAGGUAACUUAGGCUGAUUCAUCUGACGCCUCAAACAUAUUUCAUUAGUUUGUAUAAAAAUAAGAAAAUACCCAGUGGUAGCUAAAUACACAUUUCUUGUAUUAAAGAAAUCUUUUAAAAACUUUCCGAAAAAAACCGAGGAAUUAGCUGGAAUAAAUUUGUGGAUUUAUCCUUUUAAUUGGGGAUGGGUCAACUUUACCAAAAAAAAUCAAUUUUCCAAAACGUCUAAAUUUGGUUACAUAAACCUCUUUUGAACACAAUCCCCCAAUAAAAUUAGUUCAAAAUAAAUGCUGCAAGUAUAUAAUUGGUACCAGUGUAACAUGUGUAUAGGCAACAAUUUCCAGAAACUGGGCUUUCCGACACAUGAUGGCUUGUUACAACCCCAUAUAACUAUAUUCCUUAAGUUGCCUUAUACCGCAUGUUAGGCAUCGAUAGAAAGGCAAUUGAAUGGACUGUCGUGCUGACCUACUUAUCUAAAAAUAAUUCUGCGGAACAAAGGAAUGAACGUGUGCUCAGUAUGUCAUCUCAUUGUAAAAAUUGGAUUUACACGGCUACUACGUCACUGAGUUUUAAACUCUGCAAUUUCAUUGGUUGACUUGAAAUAGGGCUGGACAAUCCUAUACCAAAAUUCAAUCAAUUUUGUCCACCAUCUUGUCUCUGCGUCAUCAUUGGAGAUAGUAAGAGUUCUAAAACCACAUUCUUCAAGCAAACAUCUGAUUUUUCAACAACUGAUCUUUUCGUGAUCAUUAUUUUUGUUCAAUAAAAACUAAAAGGUAAAUAUGGAUGUUAUGUUUUACUAUUAGCCUUUUUUUGAAAAUGCAAUUAAUGAUGAUCAUACAAUGCUUUCUGGCACUUGGACUGAGGCCUAGGCUUAGUCAUAAAAUAAAAAAAAACAGUUUAUACUGGCUCUAGUAUCUCAGUACUUAGACUUCGUUCUUAGUGAGCUACAACAGGCUCUAGGGGCCAUUUCAGAUUAACUAAAUUAAUAAUAAUAUUGGGCUUUUCAAUGAUUAGAUUUUUGCUAUAAAUAUUUAUUAAUGUGCUUGCUUACUUGUUAAAAAAUUAAGCCAAAGAAUUUUUUUUUUUUAAAUGAGUCUGAAAAGAAUAGUGUAGUGUAGGCCUUGUUAGAUUUAGGAUAGUUAUUUAAAAUUUAGAAGAGCAGGUACCUUAAUUUUAUGUGCACUAGGCUUCUAUGCAUUGGUCCAUUGGCUAACAUAAAAUAACCAACCCCAAAAGUUGUACUUUUAUUACUGUGAAAACAAAAUUAUUUUUUAAAAUUUCAGUGAAAUGGCACCAAAAAAAACAGUCAUCUGUUCUCCGUGCCAAACAUAGGGUUCAGUCAAAAAAAGAAGUGCGGUAAUGGCAAAUGCCAGGGCAGUUAAAAUGGCUAAGAAGCUACUGGAGCAGGAAGCAUCAACCCCACUACUAGGGGUUGCUUCAGAGUCUUUAACUGCAGCAGACUCAAAAAUUACAGGAAGGAAUCUGCAUCCAAAAAGAAAUUAAACUUUGAAUCUCUGUCACAAGUAAAGCCAUGUGAUGGAAGCACAAUGUCUUCAGUGUCAAAGGACUCUGCAUCCAAAAGGAAAUUAAACUUUGAAUCUCUGUCACAAGUAAACCCAUGUGACAUGUGAUGGAAGCACAAUGUCUUCAGUGGCAAAGGACUCUGCAUCCAAAAGGAAAUUAAACUUUGAAUCUCUGUCACAAGUAAACCCAUGUGACAUGUGAUGGAAGCACAAUGUCUUCAGUGGCAAAGGACUCUGCAUCCAAAAGGAAAUUAAACUUUGAAUCUCUGUCACAAGUAAACCCAUGUGACAUGUCAUGGAAGCACAAUGUCUUCAGUGGCAAAGGACUCUGCAUCCAAAAGGAAAUUAAACUUUGAAUCUCUGUCACAAGUAAACCCAUGUGACAUGUCAUGGAAGCACAAUGUCUUCAGUGGCAAAGGACUCUGCAUCCAAAAGGAAAUUAAACUUUGAAUCUCUGUCACAAGUAAACCCAUGUGACAUGUCAUGGAAGCACAAUGUCUUCAGUAGCACUUAUUGACCUCAGCGACCUGUCCUCUUUAUUUAGUGAAUUUGGAUGUGAAGUAUGCAGAGAAAAGCUAACACUUGAAUUUGAGAAAAGAACAGGUUCUGUUCCUAUUUUAAAAGUAUCAUGAAGUCAUUGCAAAGUUCUUCAUGCAAGCACUUCUUCGUCUAAAACACUUGCUGACACUAAGCAUUAUGACGUUAACAGACGACUAGUGGCAUCAUUUAUAACAUUGGUCUCGGUUUUGCUGGCAUGGAGUCUUUUUGCGAAUCGGAAUGGGCUCCAUGAGAUAUAAAACGUACAAUUCUCACCUGACAGUGAUCCACAUGAGAACUUAAGUAUUUAGCGAACAGGUGAAAUGAGAAGCAGUGGAUAAAGUUAGACAAGUUUAUGGUGCUAACAACAAAGAUGAUGUUGUUGAUAUAACUGUCAGCUUUGAUGGCUCCUGGCAAAAAAGGGGACAUAUAUCCAAACAUGAGCUUUGCGUGUGUUGAUUGAGGCUACCACUGGAUGAGCUGUAGAUUUCCAUGUUAUAUCUACAUAUUGUCAGGUAAGAAUAAUUAUUAUUUAACAACUAACGUAUUUGUUUAAUCAAAACAAUUAAUUGUACCAUUUUGCACAACAUAUAGUUUUAGUAAACUGCAGCUUUUUCAAAAUCUACUUUUUCAGCAUGUUCAGCAAUGUUCAACAACCGGCAAGCCUAAACUGCAGCAGUGAGAUGGGAUACCAGGAGUGGUACAACACUCGCAAAGAUAACUGCUCCAUUAACCAUUCUGGCUCUGCUGGUCGCAUGGAGAUUGAAGCAACAUUUGUAUCUGAUGGUGACUGCAAGACAUACCAUGAAUUGCAGGCUUUAGCACCUUACAGUAUUCCUAUACAGAAGGAGGAAUGCAAAAAAUCAUGUGUCAAAGAGGCUUGGUACCGCUUUUCGAAACUUGGCGGCAACAGAGUCUAAGAGCGGCAUAACACUUGUCGGGUGUAAGACUGGUAGUUUGACCCAGGUAAAUAUUUGUAUGUUUAUACUGCUAAUCAUUACUAUAAAAAAAUUGCUACAGAUAUUGUAGUCACCACAUCAGUGGUUCUUAACUUGGGUUCGAUCGAACCCCAGGGGUUCGGUGAGUCAGUCUUAAGGGUUCGGCGGAGGUCCAAAAAAAAUCAGAAAAAAAAUCAUAUUUUAUUUUUCCUAUUAAGAAGGGUUCGGUGAAUGCGCAUAUGAAACUGGUAGGGUUCGGUACCUCCAAAAAGGUUAAGAACCACUGUACUACAGUAUCAUAAUUUUAUUUUAUCUGUGUUUAUUUUUAAAACCAUGCUCUUUUUUCUCUUAUGUUUUUGAUGAUCCACUGGCAUGUAUUUAUAUAAUAAUGUAUACAUUUUUAUUCUUUGGUUAAAAUUAACCUUCUACAGUGGCAUUACAAGAAGGCUGUGGUGGCUCCAGCACUGAAGAACUUUGAAAGAAGAUUUCAAUGACAUUCCAGGAUGCCUUAUCAUCUGAUGAGAACCCAAGCAUCAUGACUGCCCCACCGGACAGACAUUGUGCUUUUGGCAGAGAGCUAUUGCCCACAAACAGUCCCCACCAACUCAUAAAGGAAAAAGCAGCAGUUUCACAUCAGAGACUAUUGCAAAGAAAGUGAAGCCUAUUUAUGACAGGCUCAGUUCGGAUGUGCUUCUGGCAAGAUGCUUGUCUGAGAUGACACAAAAUGCGAAUGAAAGCAUCCAAGCAGAAAUAUGGUCGAGGUGCCCUAAGCACAUUUUUGUUAGGGAGAAGGUGGGUGGAAGUGUGGACAGCCUUGGGCGUAUCAGAGUUUAAUUCUGGCAGUGUUGGGUUUAGGGGCUUUUUAGAAGGGUAAAAAGAGAGACACUUUACGCAUUUCAAAAGCAGAGAGAAAAGAAGUCUUAGAAGCAAAGAGGAGAAGAAAAGAGCUAACAGCAGCCAGCAUUAUUGCUCAUUUGGGGUAGGUGAAGAAAAGAGAUGACCGUAGCCAGCAUUAUUGCUCAUUUGGGGUAGGUGUAGAAAAGAGACUACAGCAGCCAGCAUUAUUGCUCAUUUGGGGUGGUUGUAGGAAAGAGAUUACAGCAGCCAGUAUUAUUGCUCAUUUGGGGUCGCUGUACAUAAAAAUUGAUAAUUUUUACAUAUAUUGACUUUUGAAAUUUAUUUUAUUGAUUCCCAUUAGCAAGAGGCACAGGUGUCACAUUAAUACACCUUUAUGCAAACUUUGAAGUUGCAAAAAUACAAUAUUUUAAUAUGCAAUUUUCAUUAUGCCUUAUCUCCGUUGUGUCAUUUUUACAAGUGUGGGAUUAUUGGAAGCUGUGUGUUUCAGAAACAGCCUAUCAAAUUAGAACGAAAUUUGCACCAUGUGUUUGCAACAUGUUUAUCUACAAUGUCACAGAGGGUUUUUAUUAUAUUUUAAAAGACAAAAACAAUAUUUUCAUUUUAGACAACACAAUUUUUGUGAAUGACUGAUUAUUUUUCACAACAAUUUUUUUAAAUUUGCAAAAAUGUGUUUUUAAGGUUAUGCUAAUUUCCUUCAGUGACAUUGUGCAAUGUCCUAUGCACAAGAAUUCUGCCAAGUUUUAUUGAAUUCAAAUACUUUAGUCCUACUUUCCUAUCAAAAGCAUAAUAAAAAAUAUGAAUUUGUCCCGUUCGUUUUUUUCUAUGUGUUUUUAUUGCUUUUUGAUGAGCAAAAACAGUUCUGACUUAGUGAUGGACUUUAAGUUUUAGCAUUUUAACUACCUGUCGUCCCCAUCCCCCCCCCCCAUCCCUCCCCUCCCUCUUCCCCUUAAAACAAAUAUUAAGUUCGAAUGUGUUUCAAUUUUCCAAGUUUUAAUCAUAAUUUGCUUUAACAAAAAAAUUGUUUAUUUAUCAUUGUCAAUAUCUUACAGUAGUACGAUUUAUGUAUUUAAAAGUUAAUUAGAUUUUAACAAAAAUAUUAAAAUGGAUGACAUUGUACACUGUGAUGAAGGCUUUUUAAUACAUUACCAGCGGAUGAAUGAAUGACAGUUCAUUAAUGAGAUUCUCCAGCUUGCCAAAAAUUAUCUGCACUGUUGUAUCUGCUCAUUUCAAUUCAGAAUUUAAAGCCACCUCACCCUCACAAGGGCUUUUCACCAUAUUGUGACAUGUAUUAAAAUUAUAGUCAACGGACUACACAUCUAUAGUAGGCAGAAGAGCUUUAGGUAUCACAGGAAGUAGUCAUGCAGCUGCUGUGUUUUUCUUUUAUUUAUUGUUUAUUAAAAAAAAUAGUAAUACUUACAUGCCCAUCUCAUCAUAACCAAGAUAUUUUCUAAGUUAGAUCCUAUUAUAUGUUUACACAUCUAAGUAGUCUGUCAUAUUUACAGUGUGUGUUUCAGAUGUUUGAGGGGGGGGGUGUGGCUAUGGGGUUUGAAAUUAUAACAUAUUCUUUAUUCAAAUCCUGACCUUUGAUAUGUUGUUACUGUUGACAUCCUACAGGAAAAACAAUGUUGAGAUUCUUAGUGCGGUGUGGGAUCCCCUGCUCCUAUGUCUACCUGGGCUCAGCAACUCAUGCGAUGGGGGAGGUAAGCCAUUCUCCUUAUACCAAAGGUUUAGGCCAAGGGAAUACAUUAAGCUAAUUUUGCCUUGUUUGGAUACCAAAGGUAUUUUAUAUGAAUGAAUUUGUAAAACUAAAGGUGUUUGCAUAGAUAAAGCUUCAACUUGUCUGCUUACAGACACCAUUUUUGUCUUUUAAACAUUGUCAUAGUCUGCACUUAAAAUAAUACUGGAUGACACCAAUGGCAAACCUUGAACUGUAUUUGACAAUUUCAGGUCACCAAAGUUUUCUUGGGAGCCGCUGCCAUGUUUGCCACAGGAGACAUGUACUCACGUUCUGGCAACUCAAUGAUCGCUGCUCUGGCCAGGGCCAACAAUAUCCCAGUUUUGGUCUGUUGUGAGACCUACAAGUUUACAGACAAAGUCCAGCUGCAUCAGGGGGACAGCAACCUGCAUGGUCAGUACACUUGGUGUUAGAAUAUUGUUUUAAAAAAAUCAUGGAGAUUUAAAAAAACAAAUAAAUUCCACCCUUCUAUGGGCAAUGAAACAUAACUCUAACUUAGAUUGCCCACUCAUAUGGCUCUACAUGUUCAGUAAGAAUUUCCAGUUCUUUUUUUUUGGCUAGAAUAAAGUUUUGAGACUGUAUUAUAUUAUUUCUUAAAACCUUAGAAGGAGCAAUAUGUAAGUUACUUUUACUGACAUACAUAAUGAGUUAAGGUUAUAAGUCAUUUACAUGUUCAAAAUGAAAGACAAUUGAAAAUAAAAAAAUUCCUAAAUUUAAAAAGUUUUUUUCUAUAAGAUGAUCCCAAGUCUAAAUAGUCUGAGAAAUUUUGCAGUUUCAAAGCUACUUGGGUUGUACUAUAGAUCAAUCCACUUUAAUUUCUUUGGAAAAAGCAAUUUCAUAUGUUUGUAUCAUUGCUGACAGCCGUAAAAUACAACAAAUAAAUUUGGCCAACAUUUAUGAGAUUGAUUUCUCUUCCAGCCCGCGGAAAGGAUCUGAUUUCUAUUGGCCACAGGCCUCAAAUUCUCAGCAACUAUGAGGAGCUUGGCCUGCGCCUGCUAAAUAUCAUGUACGACCUGACAGCGUCAAAAUACAUCACCUGCUUGAUCACAGAGCUGGGCAUUCUCAAAUGUACAGCCGUGCCCGCCAUUCUCAGGAGGCAAGAGGAUUUACUGCUGGAGGCUGGGGACAAAUGAGGCUGCUGCGCCAGUGUGUGCUUUAGAAACAUUCAAUCACUCAAUGUGGUGAUCACUUAGGGGACUUUGUCCUCCGCAGACUCAGUGAAUUUCUUGAUUGGUUGGCAUCUUGGUGAUGGGCCUAGGGGGGUUGGUGUUAGUUUACAACAAAAAAAAAUGUUUGAAGAUAUUUAAAGUUUGGUUCUGACAGGAUAAAAAAACUUGAAAUGAUUACCCUCUUUCACCCCUAACCCCUUGUCGUUUGUUUGUUGUUUUUUUUUUUUUUUUUUUUUUUUUUUUUGGUGCUUUCUGUCUCUAGCGUUGAUGGUAGAGAGGAAAUGUGAUUGAAUGUGUCAGAUGAUAAAGAUUGAAAGUGUCAGUCAGGUGGUAAAGAUUGAAUGAUUGAUUUCAUGGGUUUAAUGUUAAAAAGGGAAUGAUUGAAUGUUUGUUUGGUGGUAAUAAAUGUGAAUGCUUGAAUAUGUUGGUGCGAUGGGGACAAAGUCCUGUCAUGUCACACUGUGUCCUGUCAUGUCACACUGUGUCCUGUCAUGUAACACUGUGUCCUGUCAUGUCACACUGUGUCCUGUCAUGUCACACUGUGUCCUGUCAUGCCACACUGUCCUGUCAUGCCACACUGUAUCCUGUAGUAGCUUCUAAGAUGCUAUUUACAUUUAGGAUAUGGAUAAUUGUUGUGCAAAUAUGUUGUGUUGAUCUUAUUAUCUGAUACACAUAAAUACAUGCUUGACUAAAUCACAUGAUAUUUCUCAAAAUGGCUACAGAUUUGUUUAAGCCACAUAUGUAAGUAAACAUAAAUGUGAAUCUAGUACACAUGUUAAACUUAUGUAUGGCCUGUUAUUUCCAACCGUUAAUGUUCAUAUUGAAUAAAACUUGUGCAUCUGUUUCUGUGAAGGUUAAUAGAAAUGUCCUUAUUUGUACUUUGGUACCAGCCCCAGCCGGGUGCAAUCAAACUGAGUCUGGUCUUAGAUGUGGUAUCAUAAUCAACAAAAAUUUAGUAAUCUAGGGGCGAUUUCAAAACCAAUCCUGGGAUCUGGCAUUACUUAGAAAAUUUGAUGGGGUCACUGCUAAGGCAAACUUCUGUUCAUCUUCUGUGCCAGGGCUGCAGAUCCUGGCAUUUCAGACAUAACUGUGGGGAUCUCACGUCCAGCUAUGACAAUAUUUAAAUAUUUGAGUUGUGUAUUAAUCUUGUUGCUUACUUCAAAAAAAAAAUAAGGGAUAACAGUGGCAAAAAAACCCAUGUCUCUCUCUCUCUCUCUCUCUCUCUCUCUCUCUCUCUCUCUCUCUCUCUCCCGCCUCGUCCAAGUGCGUGUGUUGUAAGCACAGUUUAUAUUUAUUUUUUUGCAUUUGUUAAUUUUGUAUACAUAUUUUUAUAAGUAAUUUUUUUUUUUAUUUCUUUUUUUUUUUUUUUUAUAUAUGAGUUGUGUAUAAAUCUUGUUGUUUACAUCAAAAAAAAAUAAGAGAUAUCUGUGACAAAAAAACCCAUGUCUCUCUCUCUCUCUCUCUCUCUCUCUCUCUCUCUCUCUCUCUCUCCAGCCUGGUCCAAGUGCUGGAGUUGUAAGCACAGUUAAUAUUUACUUUAUUGCAGAUGUUAAAGUUGUAUACAUAUUUUCAUAAGAAAGUUUUUUUUUCAUCACUUUGUUUCAUUUUUUGGUGUUUUUUUAUGUCUAUGUAAUUGAUAAUUGAAUUAUGUUACUAAAGAAUAUUAUGAUCAAACUGUUUAAAACCAGUUUGUAUUGAACACUUUGCAACUCAAACAAAAAAUGUAUUAAUGUUAAAACUGGGGGAAAAAAGUGAUAUGAUUUAGUGGUAUUUUAAUCUGCUCUUCUCGUUUGUGUGAUUUCAAGAUAAUGAAAGUGGAAAAUAGUUUUUAAAAUACUUUUUUGUUAAAAUUUUAGUAUUUUAAUUGACCCCUGUCGUCGGUCCUUUUGUUUUUUCCGACUCAACAUUGUGUAGUCAAUGUUAUCUUGAUUCAUUUAAAUAUGUUCAUUACACCAUCUCAUUACGCUUAACAUUAGUAUUGAAAAUGAAUUAAUGGCCAGUAAAAUUGGUCUAACUUUUGUUGAUGAUUGCCCUAGGUUAUGUUGUCCCAGCGCUCCAUUGAAUGAUUGUGACUUGACUGAAUGUUAGCCUUAUCAAAUCUUUGUUGUUUCGGAUUAUUUUAUUUCACGAUCACCACCCAAGUGUCAUCAUACAUUCAAGAUGGAUACAAAAUAUUAAUUAUCAAACAAAGGAAAAAAAUGGAGAGCAAAAAACGUUUGGUUUGUAUAGGUUAUUCCUCCACCAAACUAUUAAAGUUGUUCAAAUUGGAGUGUUUCAUUUUCAAAGGGAAUUGUUGUUAUGUCCCCUUGCACUUGGUUGAAGUUUCGUGCAGAUUGAUGCAUUUUUCAAAAACUUAGAUAUUGUUGUCCAAUAUUUUUUUUUCAAACGGACAAUUCAAUAUGCAUUUUUUGGAAACUGGGUAAUUUAAUUCAGACAUGUAUUAUUUGCUUUUUAAAAAAUUAUCACAAAAUCUUAAAGAGAAAUUCCGAAUCUGCUAAACAUGCUUUACGUUUGUGUUCUUUGUUUUUGUGGUUGAAUGUCAUGGGAGGUAAGGUGUCG